AUGGCUCGUCGCCCAUCCCACACCUGUGGCUGCAUCAGGCACCAGCUGCAGGAAGCCCAGCCUGGCCUCACCACAUGCCGCUGGUGCUGUCUGGGCUCAGGCAUGGUGGGUGAGCUCCUGCUCCAGGUGACAGAUGAUGGCUCUGAUAUGGGGGGCCGCGAGGGCGCUCCUGGACUUCCUUCUCAGAAUGCGUCACCGCCGAGUCAGAGUCCACCUUCCACACAGGGGCAGAGCACAGACGCCUGCCUGGGACUGUCAGACCAUGGUGCUGCCCCAGCAGAUGUGUCCAGGCAUGGCGCUGUCCCCAUUAAGGCUGUGGUCCCUGCUCCUGGCCUGCUGGACCCUCCCUCCUGCAAAAAUAGUGUGAAAAACUUGGGAAAAUCAAUAUUAAGGGGACAAAUUGGAAUGGAAGCGCCUGCCGUGGAGUCCCUGGUCCUGGUGAGGGGUGGAAACCGCUGCAAGGGCCUCCUGCAGGUGGAGCACAGUGGGCAGCAGGGCCUGGUGUGGGGGGACGGCUGGGGCCUGGGGGAGGUGUCCGUGAUCUGCAGGCAGCUGGGCUGCGGCCACACCGUCAUUACCCCCAAGUGUGGCUUGUACCAGGAGGAGGCCAGCAUCUUCUGCAGAAGGCUGGGGUGUGGCUCAGCGCUCCAGGCACCCAGAUUCCACCUCACAGGGGGUCUGGGAGGUCCGGGGCAGAAAUUGGUGACCUGCCAGGGAACAGAGUCCAGCAUCUUCAACUGCAUCUUCAACCUGAACUUCCUGGACCAGUGUGAUCUCCUGUCAGACACCAAGGUGUGCACAGGACACACAGAGGCCCGGCUGGCCAACGGCGACCACCCCUGCGCCGGGAGCCUGGAGGUGAGGCGGGGCCUGACCUGGGGCAUCGUGUGCGACGCCGACCUGGACCUGGCCACGGCGCACAUGGUGUGCCAGGAGCUGCAGUGCGGGGCAGCCGUGUCCACGCCCAGCGGGCCCGUGUGGAACGAGGCCUUCCGCUGCCCGUGGGGUCGUGGGCACCAGUGGGGGCACAGCCGGGACGCUGGGCUCACGUGCGCGGGGGACAAGUUCCGGCUGGUCAACGGCAGCAGCAGCUGUGAGGGCUGCAUGGUCCUGGUGCGUGGGACCUGGGCUCCCCUCUGUGCUGCCCACUGGGACUUAGCAGAUGCCACUGUACUAUGCCACCAGCUCAACUGUGCCAAUGUGGUGACCACACCCCAAGGAGGCCAUUUUGGGGAAGAGGACGCUCCCGUCUGGCCAGACGUGUUUCAUUGUGUGGGGACAGAGUCCCAUUUGUUGAACUGCCCAGCGAGCACCCUGGGGGCCCCAUCCUGUGCCCUGGGAAAUGUGGCUGCCGCCAUCUGCUCAGGUCUCCCCCACGCCCUGCAGCUGAGGGACGGACAGAGCCGCUGUGACGGCCGUGUGGAGGUCUCCCUGGCCGGUGUGUGGGGCCGUGUCCUGGACGACGGCUGGGACCUGCGAGACGCCGGGGUGGUGUGCCGGCAGCUCGGGUGCGGACGGGCUGAGAGAGCCUGCGACGCGCUGACCCCGGGCGGGGCCGUCCCGGUGGGUCUGAGCCGCGUGCGCUGUCUGGGCACCGAGACCCAUCUGACCCAGUGCAACGUGUCCUCAUCCCCGCUGGUGCCCGCGGGGACUUC